AUGUCCACCAACACUGAUGAUCUGCCAUCGACCAACAUUGGAUCCCCUUGUGAGCAAUCUCCGAGUUGCGACAUUUUCGAUUGCAGCUUUUGUUUUAUUCAAACAAUUCCAGGCGAGAUCAAGUUCUACCGGAGACAGGUAGCUCAAGGGCGAAUGUCCCUCGUCUGCUUUCUCUUCAUCGUAGUCCGAUAUGUUUCAGUAGUAUCACUCCUCAACGGCAUCGGCUUCUACGCCACAUCAUUUGACAUCGAGUCGUGCAGCCGAUACCGUUUGGCUGCGCCCUGUUCGCCGGUUUGCAUCUCAAGGUCUUAUAUUCCUAAGGACAUGGGCCAUUUCUCGGAAAUCACGGGUCGUCUUGAUCAUCCUCUCGGCCCUUGCAUCAUUACUCUGCCCAUGAUGGUCAUUGGAAACGUGUACAAGCGAGAGCCGCAUGUCAAAAACGGGUCAUGCAUUGCUAAGCAAAACGCGGGAACCUUCAACAGUGCACCAAUGUACUAUGGUGCUAUGGCUGGCUUUGACAUCAUUGCUUGUGGCAUUGCAACCUACUAUCUCAUUGACCUGAAUGCGAACGCUGUUAUGUCUAAAUUCACAAAGAAAGUGAUGCAGCAUGGCAUGUUUUACGCGUUCGGCACUACCCUCUGCAACAUCAUCGUUCUCUUGGGCACAAGUCAUGUCAAGUACGUGGAGAAGUUAGGAGCAUUUCUGAGUGUAGCGGUCACGAUGAUUAUGGCGCAGCGCUUGGUGUUAGCAACGCAAAGUAUAAAAGUUCCCCCUCCGGCUUUGGAACACAUCGCAAUAACUGAUCGUAUGCCUACUUUAUCUUCCGAUGUAACUUCAUUAUCUCCGCGUACCGCCAAAACCGGUCAUUUCCAUGACUUUGCAAAACUGACGGUCGUGGACGAACGGGACGAAACCCCUUCUCAAACAAACUCCGACCGAACUCCACCGCCGCAUUUCGUUAUCGAAAUCGAACAACCCCCUCCUUCUCACCCUCGCCUACUGGAUCCACGAACACGUUCUCACCCUCCUUCGCCCGUCGGCUAUGCUUUAUGA